AAUAUAAAUUACGAUCUGUUAGGAAUAUCCGCUUUUCAUGCAAGCUGAGUUAUGCUGAAAUAUAUAAUUUGAAAUCCUUUUUUUGCUGUUUAUAAACUACGAGUAUGAUGAAUCUUAUUUCUGCUUAUAUUUGGUGUACAACAUUUCUUUUGAUACGGGUGACUGGUGUCGGAAGUUGCAUAGGGAGAAUCAAUGUAGACGGUUCACCAGAAUGCUGCGACAAUUUUUACAAUGUGGGGAACGUAUGUAGAGAGUGUCCCCCUGGGUAUUACGGAAACAGCUGUUCCCGUCCAUGUCCGCCACCACUAUAUGGAAUGAAAUGCAAUAUGCGCUGUGGAAAUUGUUCAAAAUGUAGUCACAUUUAUGGAUGUGAUGAAAUUACAGAGACGGGUACAAAUACCAUGGAUUAUUUCAUAUCCCCAGAGUCUACAGCGAAAGUUACAGAAGAUGUAACAACAGAAGGAAAUGGUAACGAGACAUCUAAAUUUCACCUCAAUGUUAUUCUUACGUCAAUAGUAAUAACAUCCGGGACACUAAUAUUCCUGGUCAUAAUACUAAUAGUUAUAGCGGAAAUAUGUAGAUACAAGCUAUGUUCAGGUCUUAGGAAUACAAAUAAAGUGUCGUGUAGAACGCAUGAAGUAGACGACAUUUACACAGAAAUUAAUGAGUUGAUGUCUAAUGUAGUUUUACCCGAGGAUGAUGAGAUUACAGGUUCAAAAGAAUAUAUCAGUAAUGGACAUCCACCUUUCACUGAGAUGGAGGAAACCGGAUGUGAAGAAUAUGUGUAUAGCACUGUAUGUAAAGAGAAAGUUCUUCCAAAAGAUAAAAUCAGACCACAACUUAAUGUGAACAGUGUUCAAAAUAGCAAAGAGAAGAACAAGCACGAAUCGGAUUUUGACUUACAAAGCAACACAAGCACUGUGAACUGUUUUGGAUUGAAGGAUUUGAGUGACAGUUUUGAUAUCCUUUAUGCUGCUGAUGUUUAUGUAAAUGACAAAACUGAAUCGACGUAUUUUUAAUAUUGCAUGGGAAUUAAAUCAUGUUUUAAUA